GGAGCAUGUUGGGGGCCCUAUCUACCAUUCCUUUACCAAAGUGGCUUUCGACUAUCUAAACACUGUUUCAAUCAUCAAAUCCAAAUGAAUAAAUUCCCUUCACCACUGAAAUUCUGAAACCCCAUUUUUCUCCAUUCCCAAAUUCAAAACAGUAACACAAAAAAAUGGAGGCUCUUUUUGCUCAAUUCACCAUUCUUUCAGAUCAAGCUCUUUGGGACAAGAACUUCGACCCUUACACCAUAGAAGAUGAUCUCAUGAAACUCUUCGAAGUGGAAGCUUAUAAGGCUUGGGCAGCUAUGGAAUUAGAUCAAGAAAAACAAGUUGAAGAAGCUGAGAAUUACAUGAAAGAAGCAGAGGAUCAUCUCAACACUGCAAUGGAAGACGCCAUGGAAGAAUUCCGCCGCUUCGAGGAAGAAAUGAACCAAAUGGCUAAAGCUGAGUAUGAUAGCUUAGUGGGUGUUGCUGAAAGAGCAAGAAAAAUGGGAAAAACUAUGGAAAAAGUGGCUACAGUUGCUGCUAAAAAGUAUAUUGAAAGUGCUGUUAAUUCUGCUGGUGCCUCUAUGAAAUCUGCUAUUAAAGCCAUUUCUUCUCACAGCUCUAGCAAGGUUCAUCCUUCUUGAGAGAUUGGGUUUGUAGAGUUCAGCUAGUCGAAUGACGAGAUUGAUCCUUCUUUCCAAGUCUGUAUGCAGCUCUUGCAAAUGUUGGCAAAGUAUCAAGUUUGCCCACUUUAAUAUCUGAAACAUGUUAAAACAUAAACUUAACCAGUGGUGACCGAUCAAUGCUCAAGUGCAUGUCAACAUUCAUAAA